CGCCAAAGACCGUCAUAAAGGUUACGUCACCAUAUCCAAUCAUGUAUGCACCAUAUAUGUUUCUUCUACUUGUCUUACUGACAUGCUGCGAAGGGUACAGAUUAGGGCCACCACUCUCCGCCUGCAGUAAUAUGAAACCCAUUGGUCAUCCAUAUGACCCACAGAACAUAACAUCACCGUUCACAUUUACGUUAAAUGCCUCGACCUACCAGCCGGGUGACGUCAUUGAAGUGUUUCUAAAUUCGUCUGGAGAGUGGUUUAUGGAGGGAGUGUUGAUACAAGCUCGAGCCUCGGACUGUGCUCUCCAAGAACCUGCUGUUGGUACAUUUUCUGUUCAAACCGACGACAUAUUUCUGGAACCGUUUAAUUGCUUUGGGAGAUCAGCCAGUGCUAUCCGCCACUACUCUCAUUACCAUAUCUACAACAGGACAUUCUACUGGACCGCUCCAUCCCAAUCAGUCGGUGAUGUAUACCUGAAGGCAACAGUUGCUAGAAAUCAAGAGAAAUAUUGGCUAAACGUUAUGUCAGAUACAAUCCUUGAUGUGAGUGACAACAAAAGGGAAACAUGUGGAGCCACGAAUACUGCAGUUACAGUCGUGACACUUCUGAUGACCUUGGCUUUUACCUUUAUACUUAAUUAACUCAUGGGCAUAAUUUGCAAAUGUACAAAAUGUGUUUUCAACCUCUAUCUUUUAUUUCUUAUAGUUACUUUUAUACAUGUUUUUGAAUGUUUUUACUAAAUAAUAUACUCAUUGUUCAGUCUAAUGCAAAAAUGAUAUUGUUUUAUACGAAUAAGCACAUAUCUCAUGAUUUAAAUACUGUAUACAGCAUAAUAAAUUACUUAUAUAAAUACGGUGGUUUCAAUUAAGAAUUAACCAUAGAAUUCUUGGGACAAACUAUUUAUUGGCAAUGGAACUAAAUCAAAAUGAUUUAUGUACUUCCUGAAACUCUAGUUAAUCCUUUCUGGGACUGUGAUUUAAAACAAAUAUUUUUGCAAAGUGUCAAGAAUUAAUUGGAUAAGAAAUAAAUAUAAAGUCAUAGAAAGAGAACGGUCUAAAACAAAUAUUCUUUUGGGAAACAAAAUUAGUCAAAUUGCCAUAAACAAAACAAUCGUGGUGGCAAAAUAUCAUAUUUACCAAAAUAAAAUGUAUUUUCUCUCCUAAAUAUAUUCAAGUCUAUUGCUCUUUAACAUGGAAACGUUUCAAGCUUAACAAUCUAGGAAAAUGAACACAUUUCGGAAAAUAUGGAACUAACUAACUCAAAAUGCAAGGUAGUAUUGGUAGACAAAAAGCUCGAUGCUUUCAUCAUUUCAAUGUUAUCUAAAUAUAAUAUCGACAUUUCAAUCACUCGCAAAAGACUGACUUUGCACCCUUAUAUAUAUUUAUAAACUUUAAAAAUACAGUUAGAUACUACUAACUCAUUAGAGCUACAGCUACAAAGACCACAUCUACUUUGUGCGAGACAUUUUAUUUAGUUUGUUCGUGUUUGUUUUUCUUCAUAAACUGACAGUAGCUGCUAUCAAUGGCUUAUGUUUUAUUCAUUUAUUCAAGGGAGAUAAAUCAUACAAUAUAUUACUGAAGAAAAGAUUUUGUGAUGAAUUUCCUUGUUCAGAUGGACUUUUAUUUUCGAAUACAGCACUGACUUCAUUUGCAAUGACUUAUACAUAUGGAUUUGAUGUUGAUAUAUAUGCUAAGAUAAUUUAUUAACUUCUUAUUACACAUCAUGUUCAUUUAAUAAUUUUCAUACUUGGCAUACAUUUUAGUCUGUUAAAAUACUGAAAACAUGUUUGUUAAGGAAAAUAUGCGUAUGAUAUUCUUGAUUAUUUCUUGCCUAGUUUAUAAUUUCUAUAGCUGUCAUACUUCUAUAAAUUAUAUUGAAGCUUUAUUAAAAAAAAGUCAGUUGUUGAGGGACUAAUCCCAUUUCCAAAAAUUACAAGUUUAUCUGUAUAUUGUAUUUGUAGAAAAAAAUGAUAUGAAACAAUAAAUUUCUUAUCUAUAUUAAGUCAUAACAUUUUAGUAAUUUUAUGACCCAUUACCAGUAUAACACCACUUUGCAGUCAUUAAAUUGGGUUCACUUACUUCGGUCCGUAUGUCCGUCCGUAGAUCCUUCCAAAUGCAUUUUCUUAUUCAUGUACAUUUGUAUUUAUGGAUAUUAUAUGUAAUCAGUUCAUGUUACAAGUACUCGUUAGUGCACGGGUCGGUAUUAAAACGCUUUUUUGUUUGAAAACAG